UGGAUUCAAAGUGGCUGGUGCGAAAAAGCGCAGAGAGGCGCAGGAGCUCCAGACGCGCUCUUCAGCCGCGAGAGGAGGACGCGGAGAUCCGCAGAGCUCCAAAAACGGUCAGACAGGCGAGCAGCUCUUUGCAUGUUAUCGAGAGCUUAUUAGAAGAGUGUGAGGCGGAAUAAGGCGAAGCUGAUAUUCCUGGAGCGUUUCGCGUGCGCAACUGCAGCACAGCAACUUCAGAAACAUCAACCAGCACAAGUUCUCCAAAAUCUGAGCACCAUGGCAUCGGUCCCCAGCAGCCAAGUCAAAUGCAAGUUCAAGAGGAGGAGGAGGAGAAGGUCCAAGCGAAAAGAGAAAAUGAACAUGUUGUCUGCACUGAUCGCCCCCUUCAAGUACAUGAGCCCAGCAGCCAAUUGCACAGAAGAUGAGGACACACUGAGCACUAGCAGUGCUGAGGUCAAGGAGAACCGUAACACGGGAAAUUUGGAAGAUUGCACCAUUGUUCCAUCAGACUGCCAAACACUCUUCCUGUCUGAUUCGCCCAGGGAUGGGGCAUCUGGCCUUAAGCGAAAGCGACCUUUGGAGGAGGACAAUAAUGGACACUUGUGCAAAUUGCGUCUGUACUGCAAGAAACUGGCAUGGUCUGAUGCACCAAAGAAUGCUCUGGUCCAGCUGAACGAGCUGAGACCGGGUCUACAGUAUCGGAUGGUCUCUCAGACAGGACCGGUGCACGCACCUCUCUUUUCUAUCGCUGUGGAAGUCAACGGACUCACUUUCGAGGGCACCGGCCCUACGAAGAAAAAGGCUAAGAUGAAGGCAGCCGAGAUGGCACUUAAGUCAUUCAUCCAGUUUCCCAAUGCCUCGCAAGCUCACUUGGCAAUGGGCGGACUGAACAACCCCACAGCCGACUUCACAUCGGACCAGGCCGACUUCCCAGACACGCUGUUCAAAGGCUUCGAGCCUGACGGCUGCCGCUCUGCCGAGAGCGAGUUGCUGUCUAGUGCCCUCCGUUUGCGUCACACAUUGGACUUGAUGGUUGUGCAGGCCAGGCAAGGAGAUCCCUGCCUUUCCCCGCCUCCAGUUCCCACCACCCAGCCCAGCCCGGUCGUCCUGCUCAAUGAUUUGCGCCCCGGCUUGAGAUACGCCUGCCUGUCGGAGCGUGUCCAAGGCAAACGGGCACACCGCAGCUUCGUCAUGGCCGUUCGAGUGGAUGGCAGGAUAUUCGAGGGCACGGGUCGCAGUAAGAAGCAGGCGAAGAGGCAGGCGGCUCUGUGUGCCCUGCAGGUGCUCUUCAACUUCAGGCUGGCAACUGAGGCAAGAGCGGGACACCGGCCCAGUAGGAUCAAAUGCCCUCAUUUGCCCCAGGAGUUUGCAGAUGCAAUAUUCCACCUGGUGCGAGAAAAGUACACAGAGCUGGCCGGCUGCUCCUCACUGCUGCACGCACGUCACAAAGGCCUGGCGGGCAUCGUCAUGACCAGAGGUCUGGAUCUGAGACAGGCCCAAGUGGUGGCGCUAUCUUCCGGCACUAAAUGCAUUAAUGGAGAAUAUAUCAGUGACCAGGGUCUGGCGGUCAACGAUUGUCACGCUGAAAUCACCACCAGACGAGCCCUGCUGCGGUUCCUGUACUCCCAACUAGAGCUACACCUCAGCAAGAGGAAAGAGGACUGGGAGCAAUCGAUCUUCGUACGGCACAAAGAUUCCUGUUUGAGACUGCGAGAGAACGUCCUCUUCCACAUGUACAUCAGUACGUCGCCCUGCGGGGACGCCCGUGUCAACUCGCCGUAUGAAAUCACCUCCGACUUGCACAGCAACAGACACAUGGUAAAGAAGUUUCACAGCCACCUUCGCACAAAGAUUGAAUCAGGGGAGGGUACGCUGCCUGUGAAGACCACAGGUCCCAUUCAGACUUGGGACGGAGUCCUUCAAGGAGAACAUCUCAUCACCAUGUCAUGCACAGACAAGAUUUCCAGGUGGAAUGUGCUCGGCCUGCAGGGGGCGCUACUCAGUCAUUUUGUGGAGCCGGUGUAUCUGUACAGCCUGACGGUGGGCAGCCUGAGACACACGGGUCACUUCUCCAGGAUGAUGAACCACAGGCUAGAGAGAGUUGGACCUCUGCCCAACUGCUACUACCGUAACCAGCCUUUACUAAGCGGCCUGAGCAACAGUGACUGCAGGCAGCAGGGGAAGUCCGUGUGUUACAGUGUCAAUUGGACAGCAGGUGACACCCAACUGGAGGUGCUCAACGCAUCUACUGGGAAGAGGAGAGACUCUGGGGCUCCGUCUAGACUUUGCAAGCAUGCACUUUUUGCACGUUGGAUCAGACUCUAUCGCAAGCUGGUGGUCCGUGGGGUGAGUGGUAUGCCGCUGUACUGUGAAGCGAAGCAGGCGGCGGGCACCUACCAGACUGUGAAGCUGCAGUGGUUGAAAGGUCUACAGGAAGCAGGAUUAGGGACCUGGGUCAGAAAACCUCCCGAGCAGGAAAACUUCACUUUGACUCUAUGAGUACUGAAGCUUGUCCUCAUCACCAAAACCACCUUCACCUUGCAACCAGUCGCCACAGAAGCCCUUUCUCACCCCUAAAGUCAACAACAUCCCACUGCCAAAAAAACCUCCACAGGGCGAUGACGAGUCACGACUAGGUGGUAAACCUUGUUCUGUCGAACUCUCGCAAAAUGUUGCUACUAAGAUAAAGAUGAGGCACGGAAGAAUUUUGUGCCUUGCCUUUCAUGGCUUCUGUAGGGAAGGGUACGGUUAGUGUUUUUUCCCCCCAAACCAGUAAAGCGCAAGCACAAACUUAGCUCACAGUUGAUUCUAUUGACUUCAUUGGUUAUACCAGUCACAAUGCUGAAUACUAACCCCUAACCUGAACCGGAAUAACCUCACGUUUAAAGCACAUCCCCAUAGAUAGUGUUACUGUUUGUUGCAAUUAAAUCCCUUUUAAAAGUCGGGAUUGAUUUGAGUUUUAAUAUUUUAUAAGCUCACCAGACGCAAAGCUUCCAUGAAGAAAAACCAUUCCUAGUAAGCGUAUAGUACCGACUUCUGUUACCCGGAUGAACCUGUGUUAUCAGCUUUUACCAGUUGUUAUUGGGGGAUAAAAUACCGCUGGAUGGAGCGCUUGAUCAAGUAUUCCACAGAGCCGUAUUAAUAAAUCAUAAAAUUCUUGUAAUGAGUUCCAGGAACUUCUAGAAUACCUUUAGACCCAAUCCCAAUUCUAUUUUAUACCCCUUCCUCUUGCCCCUUGAAACAGAGUGUCAAGGGGUAGGAAUGAAAAUAUUCCCCUAAGAAAUGGGAGACCACUACUACACCAUUAAACGUCAUCAUACGUAGCCGCUAGCUCCUACGUCAAAGAAAAUGCGCAGACGUUCACACAAACUCAGAUAAGGGGUAAAAGAUAAGUUACCUGCCUCUGGACUAGUAUUUAUGUUGUCAAAUCAGCGAGUCUCAGUAAAAUAUGUCGUGGAACUAUCAUGCAGUCAAUAACAUUAGCGAACUGUUAUCAAUGGGAUUUUUUUGCAAACGUUUCUACGGAGAACAUAACCGUACAUAUGAACACAAGAUUGAAUGCGACAUAAAACAAAUGAUUAUCUGUUAAAAAAAACCUUAUAUAUACUUACUUUUAUGGGUCUUUCUGCUUGCUUGGGCAGCCAUAUUUCCAUAUGCAGGGAAAUUUAUCAUACCCCUUCGUUUGAAGUAAGGUCCUGAAAAAUCUUCGUUUGAAGGGCUAUCUGGCCCUUCCCCCUACCCCUACAGCCAAAGAGAAUUGAGACACCCCUACCCCUUCACGUGAACACGUGAAACGAAGAGGAAGGGGAAAGUGAAGGGGUAAGGGGUAGAUUUGGUUUGGGUCUUAGUGUGAAGGUAGAUCAUAUCAAAAAUGCUCUCAAUUUCCAUUAAAUUCAUGACACCGGAAGUUGCAGUGGCCAUUGAGGCUAAAUGCAGAAGCGAUCGUUCAUAGAGUCCAUUAUUAUGACAUUAUGAUAUCGCAAAAUAAUUUUUAUUUGUCAUUUCUCCUCUGGUUUCUCUUUGUGUCAGUGCUGUAUCUUUACAUAACAUGGGGGAAAGGUUGGGCCGCACCUUAUUAAUAAAAAAAAAAACUCACUACUUUGUUUGCUGUCAUGUGGGCGUUUACAUGCCACGAGCUUCACGCUGUCUAUUAUAAUAUCCAUAGCGCGCUCAGUGCGUGGGCAUGGUCGCAUUAGAUAUAAUGAAGGGAGACUGAAAGACUGGACAUCGCGUUGUUUUCAUAUGGAUUACUUUAUCACAGAAUAU